AUCAGGGAGGAGUCCUACAAGCAGUUCGAGCACCAGCAACGUCACCAGCUACAAUUGGCCGAGAAGCUAGCCUACGAGGCGCAGCGCAGAGAGCACGACAAGACCUUCACCUACCAGCAGGAGGUCUCCGAGACGCAUGUCAUGAUGGAGCAGGCCGAGUCCACCAGGCGCAACCAGAGGGAGUACUGGGAGACGCUCAAGGCACAGGAUGCAGAGAUGCAGCAGCUCAAGAUCAUUAUGGAGACACCGAGCUCCUACGACGUCAGCAACUUGAAGUGCAGCAGCUUCGUGAACACCUACAAGCUAGUGAACGCAUCCAAGCUUCUGAACGCGCUGCUCUCCGCAAGGGGCUUCAUGAUGUCCGUGAGGAAAGAGCCGAGGCAGCUCGUCAGGGCACCGUACAUGAAGACGACG